CCUUCAUCAGCCAAACAAUUGUCAUACCGACCAAAGACAUUCAGACAGACGCCUACACCCGCCGUAUCUUAAAAUAGGACAGGGCGACUGCAAAGUGCAGACAUGGAUCGCUGAAAUGUUUGGCGACCUCGGACUCUCUCUCGUUGCAGAAUGCAGAUCCAGCGAGGCGACAGGCACCAUCCGGCCCUACAACGAUGAGCUGGUGCGAAUGGUCAUGCUAGAGACGCGGCAGCUGCAAGAGAUCAUCAACACGCUCCUGUCCAACGUGCCCGGAGGCGCAGACGAGGCAGAUCGCAACCCAGCUUUGGCGGCACAACUCGUCACCCAUCACCUUUCCGCCUUGCGCAACAAGCGAUGUCUUCUUGCCUACCAUCGCUUUCGCAUGCAGUGGCUGCAGAGGCGUCUGUGGAGUACCGGCGGAACACUAGAUCUCGUGCUGAACGAUGACCAAGGCGGCUCGCAAGGCCUGCGACACAAGCUCUCUCCAGCGGAGCUUUCCUCGCUUCGAUCAUACGCCGCACUUGUCACCUCCUUCAAGGGGGAAUACCUGGAUGUGAUGGAUAUUUGUGCAUCUCUCAGCUCAGAUGCGGCAGGGCCUGGCCCACCAAAGGAACUUAUGGUCACCGUCGUGGCCCAGGUCGAUGCAGCAGACGUUAUGACGGAAGGCGGAACGCUUAACCUGCGCAAAGGCGAGCCGAUGCGCGUUCGGCGGAGCGAGAUCGAGCCUCUGCUGCUCCGUGGCUGGGUUGCUAUUCUCGACUGAUGCAUGCAUGGUUUUUUUACGGAGUGAUUACGAU